CAGCUACCAACCGUCAGUGGAAAGUUGGUAGUCUUUAUUGCUAUAACAUUUUUCACAUUGAUUGCUGAUUUUUGCGAUCUAUUGAUCCACGAUUGUACGCAUGUUUCAUAAGGAAUAUUUGCGUCGUAAGAGGCUUUGGUUUCCUCGCUUAGAACUACACCAAUUAAACAGACAGGUAAAGGGUUGGACAACCUGAGAAUCAGCUGUAUCUUGCGAUAAGCAGCGCUGCAUUUUUGGCUGUGUGAUUUCGUUGGGGGUUGUCUUGUCGAAUAAAUUUUUUUGAAAUUCUUGCAAAGUCAAAAUGUUCAUCAAACCGUUUAAAGUGAAGUCGAACAACCAACUGAAGGGGACGGAAAGGAAGAAGUUAUGCGAAGAAAUUUUAGCGGCGUAUCCAACAUUGACGGACGAAGAGACGCAAUUGUUAAUUCCUAAAAAAGAGGCAAUAAGCAUUAUGAAAAUUGUGACACAUAAUGGCCUUUCAGGAAAAGUGUAUUGUGUUGCCAAAACACCUAUGUUUUUCCAAAUUGAAUCUUUGCGUCUAGCAUUAUUGCCCACCAUAUACACUUUGUGGCAUCAUCCAAAUUUAUUAAGGUCUUUCACAACACAUACCCCAGUUGUAUCAAAAUUGUCAAGUGGUGCAGAUUUAAUGUUGCCUGGGGUCAAUAUUAAAGAGCCUGUAACAUUGUACUCUUUUGGAAAAUUGCAAAAGGGUACACCUGUUUGUGUGAAUACUGAAGAGAAUAAGGCACCGGUUGCUGUUGGUCUGACUGCACUUUCUAGCGAAGAUAUGUACAUGUCUGGGGGUUAUGGAAAGUGUGUAGAAAUUCUGCAUGUAAUAAAUGAUACAUUUUGUCAAUUGGGAAAGCCUCCCUUGAGACCAAAUCUAGGACCACCAAAUGCUGAUACAGAUAAGAAGAUAGAACAUGUAAAUGAAAUUACAGAACAGGUCAAUGAUAAUAAUGAUGAGUCAGUUGUUGAAGCAAUGAAUGACUUAGAAGUGGAUAAUGAUAGGGUGUCAGAAUCUGAAUCACCUUGUGAGGAAACUGUGGAAGAGAACAAAGUAGGAGAGUCUGGUGAGGCAGAAGAUAUAAUUACUGAGGAACCAGAAGUAGUUGUAGAUCCAGUAAAAGAAAUGGAUAACUUGUUGGAGUAUUGUUUCUUCAAAGCUUGCAAAAAAUCGAUAAAGGUCACUGAUCUGCCGAUAUUGACGUCCAAUUUCUUUAAAAAUCAUCUACUAGCGGCAUGUCCACCAGAUAGAAACGUAGAUAUAAAAAAAUCUCGGUAUAAAAAGUUAUCCGUUUUUCUGGCGGAAAUGAAAGCGAAAGGUGUUAUUAAUACUUCUGUUACGAAAGGUGUUGAGAGUAUAUUAUCUAUUAAGUUUGAUCAUCCACUUUUAAAACAACUAGUCAUUUUAGAAGAACCUACACCGAUCCAGAAGCCAGUUGUUUCGAAUGCGGCAGUUGUUUCAGAAUGUUAUAAGGUGACUGCCGACGUAGUGCCAGUACUGUCGAAAUUCGGCUAUGAAAAAGGGGACGUAAUGAAAAGAGCUGAGAUCAGAAAAUGUUUUACUGAAUACGUGAAAGCAGAGAAUCUUCAAGACGGAAAAAUUCUGAAAUUGAACCCGCGACUAGCAGGUAUUAUGAAAACCAAAGUGAAUCAGGAAACUCUAACGAUGGAGGAUGGAAUAAACAAGUUCAUUGGACGUAUGACGCAUAUGCACGAAGUCAUGUUAGCGGGAAACAAAUUGUUACACACUGGCAAAUUGGAGCCUAUCGAUAUGAGAGUGACUGUUCGAUCCGGUGGUAAAAAGGUAACGUUAGUGAAUAACUUGGAAACAUUUGGUAUAAAUUCCAAAGAGUUCAGCAAGGAAUGUCAAAGUAUUGGGGCAAGUGCAACGAUUACGGACGAACCAGGAAAGAAAACUCCUAGCGUUCUUGUUCAAGGAAAUCAAAUCUUAUACGUGUACAAAUUACUUACCGAAAAAUACCAAAUCAAGAAGACCUACAUAAGAGGUUUAGAAUUCGCUCCAAAGAAACCACCUUCCCACAAAAAAUAAAAAACUAUAAAAAGCUAAUCAA